GAGUACAUAGUUUCUGUUAUACUAUAAUAACGUAUAAUCAUUUAAUUCACGUUCGAGGAAACGUUUUAAGACGUCACAAUCUGUUUAAACAAUUUAUCCUAACAAAUUGACUUGUAUUAAAACGAAAAUUAUCUAGACAACACAUGUGAUCGAAUAGCACCUUAGUAUAACAAUAGACUUCAUUUAAUAUCAUCUUGUUGACAAUGCCCAAAACAAACGUGUUCAGCAGUUUCAUAAUUGAUAUAACUCAAACGAAUAAUUACGAAUAAUUAAUUAUAGACAAGAUUUUAAGUAAAAUUUUGUUUCUAGUACUUAACAAUUAUGGCAAGAUAUUCGAGUGAUUCAGAUUCAGAUUAUAGCAACAGAUACAAAAGAAAACACAGCAGAAAAUCUAGAUCCACCAGUUCGGAUACAAGCGAAUCAUCUCCGUAUCGUAAGAGAUCAUCUAAACAUUCAAAAUCAAAACGGAGACAUCGUUCGCACUCCAGAAGUAGAGGCAGAGAUAGAAGCUCCAAGAGUUACAAGAGUGCCAGAAGCAAUUCGGGUGAUAGAGAUAAGCGUCGCUAUCGUUCACGUACACGUAGAUCCCAUUCUUCUGAUCGUAGCAAAAGAAAAAUGAGAUCUAAUUCUAGAGAUAAAUCUAGAAGUCGUUCCAGCAGUUCGCAGUCUACCGUUAAACCUAUUAUUGACAAAUCUAAUAAUCCCAUUACCAAAGAUGACUUUUUAAUUGAACCACGUAUCAAGGAAAGCGUAUUAGAAGAAAUUAAUUCUGAAGGAUUUAUGCCUAAACAAUUUACUUCUUCAUCUUCUCAUACGAAAGAAAGCAAAUUUAAAAACAUUGUCAUCGAUAUUAGCGCUGAUACUAUUCAAAUUCCAACUGUAACAGAUAUAAGCACUAUACCAGAAAGUAUAUUUCAUCCUUCGAUUAUGCACGAUCAAGAAGCUCGCUUUGAUAAAUGGGUUAAAAAACUUUAUACGCUUAGGCAAAAAGCAUUAGUCGAUAUGACACAUUCUAAUUCUACUUGAUAUCUAUGAAAUUUAAAAAUUUUAUAUUUUAUAUCUUGUAAAUAAAUCAAAGUGUCGUUUUCAUCAUAUUACAGUGAUAUAUAUCAAUUAUCUGCAUUGCACAUUUUGUAAUAAUGACUUUUCUUAUUUUAUUAAAAGUCUUUUCUCUCUUUGCGA